UUCGGUUACCCGUGAACGUCCCCGAAAAAACCACCACCUCAGCGGCCGGCCGUACCCUCCCCGAAACAAAAACCAGGCCGGCCGCCUCUCCCACCGUUCGCCGCCGCUUGCCCCGCCAAACCUCGCCGUCGGCGUCGGGAGCCGCUCGGUGAUGGCGACGACGGGCGGCGCGCUGAGGGCGCAGACGCUGCGGGACCUGGCGGAGGAGGGGAAGAAGCGGGCCGUCCUGCUCCUCGUCUUCGCCUUCGGGCUCGCUUUCCUCAUGUCCCUGACAAGCUCUUCAGUAUGGAUUAACCUGCCAGUUGCCACAGCUCUGAUUGUUUUAUUUCGCUACAUAUCACUUGACUAUGACCUCCGUAGAAAGAGCACAGCUACCACGGAUCAUGAUGUUAGUCGUCCACUUGUUGAAACAAAAAGUACCGAAUUAAUGAAAAUCCCUCUGACCGAAAAGGAUGGAAAAUCAGAUUGGAGGAGCAAGGUGAACUCGCCUCCAGUUGAAGCAGCAUUUGAACAGUUCACAAGGCACCUUGUCACAGAGUGGGUAACCGAUUUGUGGUACUCCCGUGUAACACCUGACAAGGAAGGUCCAGAAGAACUCAUCAACGUAGUUAAUACUGUCCUUGGAGAGAUUUCAGUUCGGGCAAGAAAUGUUAACCUUAUCAAUCUGCUAACCAGGGAUCUGGUUGAUCUUAUAUGCAAUAAUUUGGACCUUUAUCAUUUCUGUCAAGCCAAAAUUGGGAAAGAGAAGAUUGUUAACCUUCCGUCAGAACGUCGUGAUGCUGAACUGAAACUGAUCCUUAUAGCUGAAAACAAGUUGCAUCCUGCGUUGUUUUCAGCCAGUGCCGAAUACAAGAUCUUACAAAGUCUUGCUGAUGGGUUGAUCCAAACCACAAUGAAGCCUCAGGAUUUACAGUGCUCUUUCUUCCGAUGUACCGUGCGGGAACUUCUUGCAUGUGCCGUUUUGAGACCUGUUGUGAACUUAGCAAAUCCAAGGUUUAUAAAUGAACGGAUUGAAUCUUUAGCUCUUUCUCGUGCCAAUAAGGCGGAGAAAGGAGUUGCAAAACCCUUGGAGAAUGUUACAGUUGUUAAACAAAGGGAACCUCCUAUGCCCUCUGUAGAUGAAUUUUCUGCUCCAAUAGAUCACUCAAGUUCAGGUGUUGAACUCGUUCGAUUUCAUCAGGGUCAGUCCAAAACUGCAUCAGAUAUACAACCCAGUAAAAGUAAAAAUCCAUCUAGUCUGAAACUAGAACCCCCUAAUACUUCUUUGAUCAGUACUUCACAUCCGCUUGAUUCAACCAGUUUACCUUCCAUUUCCCAUGUUGCUUCGGAUAAUGGUUUUCCGUUACAUCCCAAAAAUAGUGACAGAGCAGCUACAGAGAGUCAUGGGAGAGAGCGUGCACUGACCUUGGAUAUCAGCUCCCAACCGAAACAUCGAGCUCUAGCACCUGAGCACCUCGAGGAUAUGUGGACAAAGGGGAAGAAUUACAAAUCAGAAAACACAAAACAUGUUGCGAAAGUACUUGUCGGAUCUGCUUCUCAAGGCACCAUUUCAGUGCAGCAGUCAAUUUGUCAACAUCCUAGUAUUCCUCAAAGGCAAACAUCUUUCACUCAUUCUGAGGACCAGCAACCAAGAAGACACUCAACUACACCUACAUAUUCAAAUGGCACUGACCACCUGCCAAAAAGUCUACCUGCAGAAAUGGCAGAACAUGCCAGCCCAGAAGACAUUGGAGUAGGGAGUGAGAGUUCAUACACCACUGAGGAUGACGAAAGCAAUAAUGUGACUGGCCUUGACUCUCCUGUUACCAGAGUUUGGGAAAGCAAAAGUAAAGGAGAUCUCACCUCGUCACAUAUACAUCACCCACUUGAAUCUUCUGGUUUCCAUAAAGCAAAGAAGAAUAUAAGUCAUGUGGGAAAAUUGAAAAUGUCAAGAACUUCUUCAGGAAGAAAAAGGUCAAGGUCAAAUGCUCAAAGGACUCCUGUCUGGCAAGAAGUGGAGAAAUCCUCUUUCUUGGUUGGGGAUGAUUUAGACAUACUAAAUACAUCUGCAAAUGAUUCAAGGACAGAUGGACAGGUUGAGGAUACUGAGGUGGAAAGUAUGGCUAGGAUGUUUAGUGAUGCAAAUGCUUCAUCCUUGUCAUUGACAUCAACUAACUCUUCUUAUUCAUCAAAUUAUUGCGGUGCCAAUGUGCUGGAAGACUCUUAUUUAAAGUUAAGAUGUGAGGUGGUAGGAGCUAGCAUUGUGAAAAGUGGGUCUGGCAUGUUUGCUGUGUAUUCUAUUUCCGUGACCGAUGCCAAUAGCAAUAGUUGGUCCAUCAAGAGGAGGUUUCGUCAUUUUGAAGAGCUACAUCGGCGCCUGAAAGAAUAUACUCAGUACAAUCUUCAUUUGCCUCCAAAGCAUUUCCUCUCAUCUGGUUUAGAGGUUCCUGUUAUUCGAGAGAGAUGCAAGCUGCUUGACGUAUAUCUGAAGAAUCUUCUUCAAAUUCCUAUUGUUUCAAGCUGUAUAGAAGUCUGGGAUUUUCUAAGUGUUGAUUCACAGACAUACAUAUUCACAGACUCUCUCUCAGUUAUCCAGACAUUGUCAGUCAGUUUAGAUGAAAGAUCAAAUGAGAAGAAUAGAAAGGCAUUCAACUCUUCUGAAGCUUUGAAUGUAAAUUUAUUCUCUGGAGGUCAAUCGUUCCAUGGACAUAAAGAUGAUACUGUGCAUAAGGACUGGGACUUCGCUGUCAGUGAUGGAUUGAGAUUUAGGAAAGGGAAUGGGGAAAAGAAUUUAGGAAAUAGUGUUAGCAACACAACUGCCAAUCUUUAUGAAGAUAAUUCUGGAAGUGACCCCGAGCAGAAUGAUUACUCAUUUUCAAUAAAUUCAGGAAAUCCUAAGAAACUGCAUUCAAGUGAAACCGAUGACACGUCUCAAGUUUUGGAGUCUGAUGGAUACUCGGUAGCUCCUAAUGAUUGGACGGGCCCAAAUCUCAGUGUCCCCUUGUUUCAUCUUGUUGAUGUGGUUUUUCAGCUCCAAGAUGGAGGCUGGAUCAGGCGUCAAGCAUUUUGGGUAGCAAAGCAAAUACUGCAAUUGGGAAUGGGAGACACGUUUGAUGACUGGCUUAUUGACAAAAUCCAGUUACUUAGGAAAGGGAGGAUAGUUGCUUUCGCAGUAAAGCGUGUUGAACAAAUUCUCUGGCCUGAUGGAAUUUUUAUGACAAAACAUCCAAAGAGAAAAGCAGCACCACCUCCUCCUAGUGCUCAGAACAAUGGCAUGACCAACUAUCUGAGUGAUGAACAACGGCUAGAAGCUGCUCAUCGAGCAAAUUUUGUCCGUGAAUUAAUAAUAGAUAAAGCGCCAUCUGCACUAGUGAGUCUGGUUGGUCGAAAGGAAUAUGAAAGAUGUGCUCAGGAUAUUUACUUCUUUCUUCAGUCCCCGAUUUGCUUGAAGCAGCUAGCAUUUGAACUCCUAGAGCUCCUUGUUCUAGCUGCAUUUCCAGAGUUGGAUGGCACAGUGAGGAAUUAUCAUGAAGAUAAGCAGCAGUUCAGCGCCCUAGAAUGAUUUUUAAUGAUGAAUUGUUCCCGGAGCAGUGUUUGAAAAUUGAAACACGUAUUGUCUUCACAGAGUGCUGACCCAUUUCUCUGUAAAUAAGGUGAUCUCGAAGUACUGCUGUUUGCCAUAUCAGUUUAAAGGAGGUGGCUUUGUGCAGUGUGAAUACGAUUAGAUAGCAGAGUGUGAGAAUGGUCCCUUUUUCCCCUGGACCAUAUCACCAUACUAGGCCGGUUCUGUCAUUUGUUCCUGAUAGGCUGGUCUCCUUUAUUUUUCCCCUCGGAGUUUGGUAUACGCAACGCAGACUGUAAUGAAAGAGAAUGGUGCAUUGUUUUUGCCGUAGCGUAGGAUAGCUGUAUACGAUUUUUCUUUUUUGUUGAAACGCAACUUUUGUAACUCUGCCUAAUGAUCAAUGAAGGUACGAAGUU